CACUCUGUUUUCAAACAAGUUCACGAGUCAAAGAGAAAUUAAGCGCACCGCUACUUAGCUGAUGCAAGUUCAUCAGAAGCAGGGAGAGUCUUUAAGGGACUAUAUGCAACGGUUCAACAAGUCCACUCUGGACAUCGAUAAUGUCCCAGAUACCAUCUGCUUAUCAGCUUUGUUGCAUGGCCUUAAACCUGGCCGAUUUCUAGACAACCUGCUGGGGAAUCCACCUAAGUCAUGGAAUGAAGUAAAUGACAAGUCGGCAAGUUUCAUACUAUCUGAAGAUUUUCAAUCUUCUAAGCGACGAGCUGAUGAUAAACAGGGUAAAGAGCCCAGGCAGCCUGACGGAAGAGAUGAAAAGAAAAAGCAGAAAGUUGGCGAGCAGAGAGGAAAACUGUCAUCCUAUCCAAAAUAUGACAGUUACAUUCCCUUGAGCUCCUUAAGGCCAGAGUGCUCAAGGUCGCAAGGCAUAUGCUCGCCAAGUAAUGACGACUAUAAGCGAGCAGACGGAGAGCUCGACGUUAUGAUGCCUCAUGCAGAUCCUUUUGUAGCAACGGUCCAUAUAGGCAAUCAUAACGUCAACAAGGUCUUCAUUGAUAUAGGUAGUUCUCCAGACAUCCUGUAUUGGAGCUGUUUUCAAAAGAUGCAAUUGAAUCCGAGCUCACUACAAAAGUAUGAAAGGCCCAUCUAUGGGUUUGAUAACCAACCCGUCCCGGUCGAGGGAGUAAUUACACUUCCCAUCUAUGUGGGCUCAGAACCAUGCUUCAGGAUGGCUUCAGUCAGCUUUCUAGUCGUUAAAAUGGAGUCAGCCUUCAAUGCUAUACUAGAAAGAGCCACCCCCUACGAGCUAAAGGCUGUCAUCUCGCAACCUCAUCUUUGUAUAAAGUUCCCAACUCCUCAAGGGGUAGGAGUGCUUAAGGGGAACCAGAAGAUGGCCAGAGCCUGCUAUCAAGAUACAUUCAAGAAGGUUAAGCUCGCUGCAGCCCCAAGAGGCUUCUCUGGAAGUCACAGGCCGACUCAGUCCGAUCAACAGACGAUGAGCAUAUCAAAUAUUGAGCACCGACCUAAGGUCACCAGUAAGCGAGCUGAGGAUCAUAUAGACGACCUAAAUGAAACAUUUCAGAACUUGCGUCGAGUUCAAAUGAAGCUGAAUCCCUUGAAAUACACGUUUGCUGUAGAAUCAGGAAAAUUCCUAGGAUACGUGGUAUCCAAGAAAGGAAUUGGGGUAAAUCCAGAGAAGGUUCAGGCCGCUCAGCAGAUGGAGCCUCCCAAGACCGUAAAAGAUGUGCAGCGUCUGAUAGGUCGUGUUGCUGCGUUGCAUAGGGCACCGGUAUACCUAGUCUGGGUCCUAUACAUGGAUGGAGCUACUAAUAUUGAAGGAUCGGGUGCUGGGGCUGUGUUAGUGGGCCCAGAUGGCUUCAAAUCCGAGCAUGCAUUAAGGUUCAAGUUUCAAACAAUAAAUAAUGUUGCAGAAUAUGAAGCCCUCAUUUAUGGUUUGAAGCUAGCGUUCGAGCUAAAAGUUCAGAGCAUAAAGAUUUUCAGUGAUUCUCAGCUCGUUGUGGGCCAAGUGAAUGAUAGCUAUGAAAUCAGAGAUCCUCAGCUUGGUCGUUAUGCCUCUGUGAUCAACAGAUUGAAAUCAGGAUUUGCCUCUUUCCAGAUCGACAAGAUACCCAGAGCAGAUAACCAACGAGCUGAUGAGCUAUCAAAAUUAGCCUCCUCACAAGAUAUCAACCCUCAGAGAUCAACAAUUGUGGAGGUACUUGACACCUCGAGCUACACCAAUUUCACAAUCGAGUGUCACCUGCUAAGCACAGAUCCCUCUUCAUCGAGCUGGACUACCCCACUCAUAGAAUAUCUGCAAAGUGGCGAGCUGCCUGAAGACCCAUCCACAACAAAGUUGAUUAAACGCAAGGCGGCACAUUUCACCUCGUUAGAUAAUCAGCUCUACAAGCGAGCAGCCUCAAUGCCCCUACUACGCUGCCUCACUCCUUAUGAAGCCAAAUACGCUGUAAGGGAAGUUCAUGAAGGAGUAUGUGGUACACACAUAGGUGUCAACCUGCUCGGCCCUUUUGUCAAAGGCGAAGGAGGUUGCACUUACCUAGUUGUCGCGGUGGAUUACUUCACCAAAUGGAUAGAAGCCAAACCAUUAUCCACGACAACAGAGAAGAAAAUAGAGGAAUUCCUGUUCAAUUCAAUAUUAUGCAGGUUUGGCAUACCUAAACUAAUCAUCGCUGACAAUGGUCCACAGUUCCGAGCAGCUGCACUGAGGUCGUUUUGCAACGACUAUGGCAUUGAGCUCGCCUUGACAUCUGUAUAUACCCCACAGUCAAAUGGACAAGCUGAGUCUGCUAAUAAAAUCAUCUUACGAGGCCUCAAGACGCGUGUCUUAGCCGCGCAUUCUAAUUGGGUUGACGAGCUCAAUAAAGUGCUUUGGUCAUGUCGCACUACACCCAGCUCGGCCAUAGGCAAAACCCCAUUCAGCCUUGCCUAUGAAGCUGAGGUCGUCACCCUUGUAGAGGUCGGAUUGCCAUCCAAUAGAGCAAGUCGGCACGACGAUCCUAGCAAUGAGCUACUUUUAAAAGAGAACCUCGAUCUUGUGGAGGAGGUUAGGGAGAUGUCUCGAAUAAGAAACAUGUCACAUCAAGGUCGUGUUGCUAGAUUUUAUAAUAAGAGGGUCCAAGCUCGUCAAUUUCAGGUUGGCGAUCUAGUUUUACGCAAUGCUGGGCUUACUACCGCUUUCUCACAUAUGGGGAAACUUGCACCAAAUUGGGAAGGUCCUUAUAUGGUUAUUUUUAUUAAGCAACCUGGGUCUUAUCAGUUGGCAGAUCUACAAGGUCGUCAUUUACCAUUCAUUUGGAACAUACAUAACCUGAGAAAGUUUUACAGUUAACAUGUAUGUUAUUACCUUACUCAAGUUAUUAUCAAUCAACUGUAAAUGACAAU